AUGGAGGAGCCGAUGUCCAAGCUCACCCACGACCUAAUCGCGGAGAUCCUCUCUCGCGUGCCCUACAAAUCUCUCUGCAUCUGCAAGUGUGUGUGCCCGGCCUGGCGCGGCAUCAUCGCCGACCCCGCCAAUCGGAAGAAGAUGGCGCAGACCCUGGCCGGCUUCUUCUACCGCAUCAACAACGAAGCCACCGCCGAGCCCCGCGGCUUCGACGGCGUCAAGUACGCGGAUAUGUCUGCUUUCCCUUGGUCCAUCGUCCCUGAGACCCACCCGCGUCUGCCACUACCGCCCGAUAGCACGGACUGCUUCUGCUCCCUCGAGGAUUCCUGCGAUGGACUGUUUCUUGCAAGCAUUCGCACGGACACCCCUGCUGGAAAUUCUCGGUACAUGGUCUCCAAUCCAGCUACCAGUGAGUAUAUCGUGCUGCCUCACUCUGGCUACUCUGGCAACAUCAGCAGCGCUUACCUGGGUUUCGACAGCGGUGUAUCCACUCAAGAGUUUCAUGUCUUCGAGCUUGUGACAGACAUUUUAUCCCCUGACAGCCAGGGCAUACACCCCCUGGUUGUGACAGGAGUGAGGAUUUACUCUUCAAAAACUGGUGCGUGGGUGGCAAUGGAACCCAAAUGGGACAUUCAAGUUGGCUUGUGCUUUGGUCAGACUGGGGUUUUCCAUAAGGGCUGUUUGCACGUGCUCACGGAUGAGUCCGGGUUGGCGAUAGUUGAUGCAGAAGGGCUAAAAUGGAGAACCGUCCUGCUGCCAAUACUCGCCGUUAAGGGUUUCUCAGGUUUCAUCGGGAAGUCUGCCGGCCGGCUACUUUAUAUCGAUUCCUGUGAUCGUGAAGGGUUCGUCUCACGCAGAGCUUUGACUCUAUCGGCCUAUGUUCUUAGUUCUGAGGUCUAUAACUGGGAUGCGAGUCAUCAUCAGAAUGACGAAUGCAUGUACUGGAAACUGUACAGGUUUCCAGAUGCGGUUCCAGAUUCAAAUAAACUGCAGUUCAGUCACCAUGAAUCAUCAGAUUUGAUGCUAGCAACUUUCAGAGAUCAGAUAGGUGUGCAUCUGCAGACCACAUUGGCCCUGUUUGUUUGGCUGCGACUGAACGAGAAGCGGCUGGAGCUGGUAGAAGCUGAGAAGCAAGCUGGAGUUGGUAGAAGCUGA